AUGACCAUCUAUAAUUUGAGAGUCAUUGAACGGCUCUGGGGCUCUCGUAAAUUCGCUUCUUUUUUGGCUUUGACCUACCUGCCCACCACACUGCUAGCUCCCUUGCUGCUGCUGGCUCUGCGACCGCUGACGCUCAAUGCCCUCAAUCUCCUCCCAGCUGGACCGACACCCAUCAUUUUCGCUCUGCUCGCUCAAUAUCAUGCGGCUAUACCGACAGUCUACAAAUAUCGUGUCAUAACUUCCCUAUCUUCAUCCCAGAGUCAAGACGCGAGUGGUCUUGUGUUCAGUGAUAAGACGACGACCUAUCUACUCGCAGGCCAGCUUGCACUGUCCUCUCUACCAGGCUCUGCACUUGCAGCAGGUGUCGGUUGGUUGUCGGGCACGGCAUGGCGUGGUGAAUGGGGCCCUGCGAUUUGGGGCCAAUGGCGAGUUCCAGCUUGGGUAGUGGGAGAAAGUACAAAGGCAGGACGAGAAGGAUUCGACGGAUUGAGGAGACGUUUGGAAGGCGAGGGGAGAGCAAGUGGUACAGGGGCUGCGGCUGGCGAAGGCCAGGGGGCAAAUUGA